AUGGCAGUGAAGCAGCGACAUGAACUGGCCACGGGGUGGAAAUGGCGUCUGGCCAAUGCAAAUGGCAUAUCGAAAGCAGACGACAUUCCAGACCUCAAGUCUUGGGCACCGGUCACUGCUUUCCCAUCGGUUAUCCAAAUGGAACUCCUGGCUAAGAAGAUCAUCCCGGAUCCCAACGUGGGUGAAAAUGAGCGUCAGAUCCAGUGGGUUGGCGAAAUGGACUGGGAGUAUUCCUGCUCUUUCCCAACCCCCAAGGGCCUUGACAACUCUCGCAUUGCUGAUUUACUGUUUGAGGGACUGGAUACCUUUGCCACUGUCUUCCUCAACGGCAACGAGAUUCUCAAAUCUGACAACAUGUUCAUCCCGCAUCGAGUGGAUGUGACGGGUCAGCUCAAACCCGAGGGACAGGAAAAUGAGCUUUCUAUACUCUUUGAGAGCGCGUUGAAGAAAGGGAGUGAACUGGAAGCGAAAUUCGGGGCCAGGACGCAAAUGAUUCGAGAUAAGCGGAGGAACCAUAUUCGAAAGGCACAGUACCAUUGGGGCUGGGACUGGGGACCUAUAAUGGUGACGGCGGGACCGUAUAUGCCGAUCCAUUUGGAGACGUACUCUGCGAGGCUUGACGACGUCUACAUCACCACGGAACUGGCAGAAGACCACUCAACGGCGACGCUCACGAUAACGGUACAAGCAACUGGACCUUCUGCCAAGUUUGUAAAAGUCAACAUUCUCGAUCAAGUAUCUUCACAAGUAUCAAAGGAGCUCGACAUAUCCUUGGACGAUUCGAAAAAGGGUGUCGCCACAGUCAUCAUACCUGAACCCAAGCUGUGGUGGCCUAACGGGCAAGGCGCACAGCAUUUAUACAGUGUUUCGGUGUCUCUCCUAGAUGAAUCAUCGACCAAGCUCGAUACGAGAACGAUUCGAUACGGCGUCCGGACUAUCAAAGUGAUCCAACGCCCUCUUGAUAAUGCGCCAGGCAAGACAUUCCUCUUCAACGUCAAUGGCCGCGACAUCUUCUCCCAGGGUGGCAACUGGAUCCCAGGAGACAAUCUAUUGCCUACUAUGACCCGCGAAAGAUACUUUGACUGGGUUCGACUCUCGAAGUACCACCAUCUGAAUAUGAUCCGGGUUUGGGGAGGGGGAAUUUAUGAGUCGGAAGACUUCUUUGAUGCCUGUGAUGAGAUGGGCAUGCUGGUCUGGCACGAUUACGCAUUUGCUUGUGGCGAUUAUCCCGUCUACAAGGAAUUUUUGGAUAGCGUCAAGACCGAGGCCGAAGCACAGACUAUUCGAAUGCGCAACCGCGCCUCGCUAGCGCUUUUAUGUGGCAACAACGAGGAUUUUGGGAUCCAGGACUUUUUUGGCGAGCCGUACGACUUUUCAGACCACAAAGGACCCUUUGAAGAUAGCAGUUUCCCCGCACGGAAGAUCUACCUCGACCUUCUCCCCAAAGUCAGCGAGAGCUUGUGUCCGUCGAUCCAAUACUGGCCGUCAUCGCCUUGGGGCGAGGAGGGAAAAAACGCAAGCGACACCACAUUUGGCGAUCUUCACCAGUGGGCUGUAUGGCAUGGGCCGCAGCACUCCUAUCAGAAAUAUGGAGAGCUGCAUGGUCGUUUUGUCUCUGAAUUCGGUAUGCACGGUUUCCCUAUCAUGCGCACGGUCGAUGUUUUUGCGCCGGAUCCGAAAGACCGUCAUCCCCAGUCCCGCGUCAUCGAUUGUCACAACAAAGGCCACGGCGCGGAGACACGUAUCGCGCGAUACUUGUCAGAGAACUUCCGGUAUGAUAUGAAACUCGAGAACUUCGUAUACUGCUCGCAACUUUUGCAGAGCGAAGCAUACGGCUAUGCAUUGCGUGACUGGAAGCGGAAGUUUGGGGGGAAAGGUAAAGAGGAAUGCGCGGGUGCAAUCAUUUGGCAGCUGAAUGAUGUCUAUCCGGUCACAAGCUGGGCAUACAUUGACUAUUAUCUCCGUCCGAAACCUGCCUUUUAUACGAUCCGACGAAACUUUGCCCCAAUCAGCGUUGGCAUUGAACGCACCCCUCGCUCUCGCUGGAUUGACGAAGACAAGCCAAAGGAUUCAUAUAUCCCCAAAUUUUCUCUCUUUGCGCAUAAUACAACGCCAGUCGAGGUAAAGUGCUCUCUGGAACUGAGGGCGUACGAUCUUCACGCCGGAAAAGAGGUUGAGUUGGACUGGACGGGCGUGAGCUUGGAGGUGACCUUGUCAGCCGGUCACAAUACUGAGCUUGGGAGUCUGAAGCCACAUGCAUCGUGGAACGAGGAAAGUCUGAUCAUCCUUGACGCGAGCCUUGUGGACCCGUCGACGAAGAAGGUGCUGGCAAGAUUCACUGACUGGCCCGAGCCGUAUCGAUACUUGCAUUGGCCCGUCGACACCAAAGUGGCUACUUCCAUUCAGAGCAUUCAAGAUGAUCACGCUCAUACCGAUGUCAACGGCACACACUUUGAGGAUGUGGUGACAGUUUCUGCCAAUCAGCCAAUUAAAGGCUGUUGGCUUGAGCCUGCGUACGAUGGAACCGAAAAGACGGACGAGCCUGAACCACUGUGGGAAGACAACAUGUUCGAUCUGCUGCCUGGACAGGAGGUCAAGGUGGCUGUCAAGGGUCUCCGAGGAAGAAAGAUCAAUGUACGAUUCUUGGGGGACUGGGAAGUUGGGCCUGCAAAGGCACAUCUUUGA